AAAUGGAUAAAAUUAGGAAAAACAUAUAACAAGAUUAUAAAAAAAAUAAAAAGUAAAAAGUAUUACAAAUAAAAAGAAGUCCUUUGCUCUCUCUUUCUCUCUCUCACACAGCGACGGGACGGCUCCUCAGAAAUCGACAUUAGAAUCAGGUAAUUGCUUUCCAAAAUGCCUACUCUUCAAACUUCACUUCCUCCUGAACUCGCCAACAAUGCCAUUAGGCUUUACCGUGAAUGCCUACGAAGAGCGAAAUAUAUCGGUCAUCGGCAACAUAACACACAGCUUCUUGUUGAUAUGGUGAGACAACAGUUUAAGAAAAACCUACAUGAGACAGAUCCUGAUAAGGUUCAAAAGUUAAAGGACGAUGCUGCAAGGGGACUUAUAAAUCACAUACUGUAUGAGUCUGAGAAAAUUUCUGGUCGAAAAUUUACCAAGACUCCUCCUAAAGAAGCUUAAUUUGUAUAAUCCCAGAUGAUUCAGUUUGUUUAUUAGUGCUCGGUUUGGCAGAUCAAGCAUAUAGACACGACCUUCCAAGAUUUUUAUGAUGGUUGUAUUAAAUUGUUGAAAUAAAAAAAGUUGUAGAAAAUUGCUCAAUUGCUUUCCCUAUCUGCACUCUUUUUCAUAUCAAUAGUGCUCAAGUUUCUUAUAACUAUUUUCUAGUUUCUGGCAAAUGAUUCAGUGUCUCAUUAACUCAUCUUUUGGCAGAUAAUGAUUCCUAAAUUAUGCCUUCUUGUGGCUGAUUCUUGACUUUUGUAUCAGUUUAGAACUAAUAAACCCGGGAAGGAAUCAGUCAAUUUUAUUGUGGUUA